AUGCUGCUCUUCAUUCUCGCAACUCUCGUCGCUUCGACGUCGGCUCUUUCGUGCGCGAAUGAGCAAGGACCAUGCAUCGAAACUUCCAUUGACGGACUCAAUGUUCACUUGUGCCCUGAUGGUAUGGGAUGUCUAAACAACCAAUCGUGCUGCCUAUUCGAAGAUAUCGUCUCGGGACCAGUGACCACCACACCAUCACCAAAUCCAGGACCAUCGCCGUCAAACAAUUGCGUUGACAAGGUCAACCCAAAUACGGGAGUUUCCGAUUGCCCGAAAUCCGCCUAUUUGUGCGAUAACUCCGCCUAUCGCGACUUGAUGACUGAUCAAUGCCCGAAGACGUGCAAUCGAUGCGGCGGCAAUGUUGGAUCUACAGUGGCGCCGGUCAAUCCAGUCGCCUCAUGCGUCGACAAGGUCAACCCAUCAACUGGAAUCUCCGAGUGCUCGCAGAAGGCUUAUCUCUGCACCAACGCCGCCUACAGAUCGGUGAUGCAAGACCAGUGUCCGAAGACGUGCGGAUUCUGCUAG